ACUUCUUUAUUGGAUGGAAUUGGAAGUAGAACGUUGAAGUGUUGUUGAGCAGUGGAAUCUGUUUCUAGAGACUAGAACUUAUGAAAGUAACUUUAUUCCAAAGAUUUUUUUCUAGAUUGCUUGUCGCUAAAAUUUAAACUCUUCUAGUCUAGUGAUUGGGCUUGUUUCGAUAAUUCUUAAUAACUAUUUGCCAGUUCAUUUUCAGUGCUUGCGAUAGGCCUAGGCAAGAUUAGGGAAUAGACCAUACGCGCCAAGAAGCUGCAAGUUAUAACAAGAGGUUAAUUUAUCAGAAGAAUUAUGGCUAAAGUCCAGUUGGGAAAUGUGGUUGUUUUGGAUAACCCGUCACCAUUCUUAAACCCAUUCCAAUUUGAACUGACUUUUGAAUGCAUUGAAGAAUUGAAAGAAGAUUUAGAAUGGAAAAUGAUCUAUGUUGGCUCAGCUGAGAGCGAGGAGCACGACCAAACUCUGGACACCAUCUACGUUGGGCCUAUUCCUGAAGGGAGGCAUAUGUUUGUUUUUCAAGCAGACCCCCCAGAUGUCAGUAAGAUCCCAAUCGCAGAUGCUCUUGGAGUGACCGUCGUACUACUCACCUGCAGCUACCGAGGCCAGGAGUUUGUGAGGGUGGGCUACUUUAUCAACAACGAGUAUCAGGACCCGGAAAUGCGUGAGAACCCACCUGCCAUUCCACAGUUUGACAAGGUUGUACGAAACAUCCUCGGAUCAGAACCAAGAGUCACUCGGUUUAAAAUCAACUGGGACGAUUCUGAAACACAAGUCUCGCCUCCUAAUGACGGACAGCCACAAGCAGCUGCAUUACCAGAAGAAAUAUCGGUGGAAAUUGGUUUCAACGAGAACAGCUGCAGUCAGAAUGCUAUGGAAGUGAUGUGAACAGUGGAACUGUGUCAAGCUGGAUUUUGUGGGUUCAUCCUUCAAUCUUAACGGAUGUUUAAUUACUUAAUGGACUCAGUGUAAGAGAACUCAAAGCCUUAUAGGUAACAAAGUUAGUGGUUCCACUUACGUUGACUCGUUUGUUGCAAAAGUCUGAUCCUAUCGUUAUUGUUUGGCGUUUCUUUUUUUAAAUUUUAACUAAGCCUUAUUUAGGAAGUAAGUUUAUUAUUUAUUUCAGUCGUGUUCAGUAAUGUUGAUUGUAAGUUCUUUUCUAGAAUGAGUUAAAAAUUUAAAUUUGAGAUACUGUAGCCUACUCAUUUGAGGUUUUCCUACUAAAAUACAUUUUUAUCAGUUACUGAAGCACAAUGGUUUAAAACUGUAUUUUCAAUAAAUGAUCCACUGAUACAAAAUGUGAUAUAUAGAAUAAGACAUGGUCGUAUUUUUAAGACUACGUGCAGUACAACAUGUGUUAAAUUGAGGAUUGAAGUAUCUUCUUCCUUUUAUCAGGUUUGAUUUUUCAUUGUUUUUAUGGUGUAAAUAAAAGAUAGAUACUCUUUUUAAA